AGAAAUAUGGGAAAAAAGAAGAAAAUUUCCGGCAAGACGACGAAGGCGGUACUUUGCGUCGAGAAGUUUUUCAGAUUCCUCGAUCUCGUUUCUCGCCGGAAUUAUUUUCUUCUGACGAUUGCAUUGCAUUGCAUUUGUUCUUCCAUUUCUUGAAAUUCGUGAUCUUAUUUUGGCGGGCAUUUGGUAAUGCUGGCCCUCAUGAUUCCUAAUUUCCAUAGGGGAAUACCAGAUUUAUGAUUGGUGCUGUUUUUGUUUUCUACUGCGCCUUGUUUGAAUUUUGGAUUGCGACUCGAUUUGAGCGGGAAUUUGGGGCGAACUUUUGAUUAAUCUCAGAGAGAAGUCCAAUUGGCUGUGUGUGCGAGCGACUUUUGUUUUAUUUUUUUUAUUUUGGAGUGAAGAGAGACGGAGAGAUGACGAUUUCCGAGAAUACGAAGGGUCUGAUUCUGGCUAUGGCGUCGAGUGCGUUUAUUGGAUCGAGUUUUAUCUUGAAGAAGAAAGGACUUAAGCGUGCCGGUGCCACAGGGGCGAGAGCAGGUGUUGGUGGUUAUACGUACCUGUUAGAGCCACUUUGGUGGGCAGGCAUGGUUAUAAUGAUAAUUGGAGAAGUUGCGAACUUUGUAGCAUAUAUUUAUGCCCCAGCAGUUUUAGUCACGCCUCUCGGUGCACUGAGCAUUAUUGUCAGUGCUGUUUUAGCCCACUUCUUAUUGAAGGAGAGGCUGCAGAAAAUGGGUGUUGUAGGGUGUUUAUCCUGUAUAGUAGGAUCAGUUAUAAUAGUUAUUCAUGCACCUCAGGAACGUACUCCUGAUUCUGUUGAAGAAAUCUGGAAUUUAGCAACUCAACCAGCUUUUCUAGUCUACCUUGCUGCUACAGCUUCGUUAGUGUUGGCUCUUAUGUUGUAUUUUGAACCUCGCUAUGGACAUGUAAAUAUAUUAGUCUACUUGGGAAUCUGUUCUUUAAUGGGUUCAUUGACGGUUAUGAGUAUUAAAGCUAUUGGAAUAGCGAUAAGACUUACACUUGAAGGGGUAAGCCAAGUAGCUUACCCUCAAACUUGGCUUUUUGUUACAGUUGCAGUAGUCUGUGUCGUCACACAACUUAAUUACUUGAAUAAGGCAUUGGAUACAUUCAAUGCAGCCCUCGUAUCUCCAGUGUAUUAUGCCAUGUUCACGACGUUGACUAUUAUUGCUAGUGCCAUCAUGUUUAAGGACUGGUCAGGUCAGAACGCAAGCACUAUAGUCUCUGAGUUAUGUGGAUUCAUUACCGUCCUUUCUGGAACUAUGAUUCUCCACUCAACAAGAGAACAACAACCAGUCCCUUCACAAGGAUCUGUAGCGUGGUAUAUUAGUGGGGAUUCAAUGAAAGGUAUUGAAGAACAUUUGAUCACCAUAAGCAAUUCACAUUACACUGAAGAAUGAGCCUUCUCUGUUAUGAUUGUAAUUUGGAAGGCAAUAGUCCUAAAUUCAAACCCGAAAAAUAUACUCAUACUAAAACGACGAGUAGAAUGCCCAAUUUUUUAUAUUGGGACGACGUAUUGACGUAGUGAUCAUGGUCUCGUCGAGACUCGAGAGCUACCAUCCCCUCAGCUGCUGCAAAAGGUUUCACAUAAAAGGUUUAGCAUCGAAACCCGAGCUGCUAGACGAUCUGGUAAGGAUCUUUUUAGUUAGAAUGGUGGGGAGAAAAACAUCCUCAAAUGAUCCCUCGCUGGUUCCAGCAUCAAUGUUAUAGCCUCUGCCAUAUGUAACUUGUAGGUUAUGCCAUUCUUUCAUUUGAUCUUUAGUUUCAUUUUCUUUCAUAGUUUAGACCCAUCCAAAGUUUGAAUAUGCUAUGUAUACCAUAGUUCAUUUGAGCUUUUAAGUCUUUGGAUAGGGAUGUAAUAAAAGAUUUAGAGUGCACGUAUUCAAUCAUGUCGUAGGGUCAGAUAGCUGUCCUCUGAACUUAGGUUAGAUAUACACAAGGUAGCCUUGAUGAUUUCUCGAGUCAGACCAAUAUUUUUCAUUUACUUCUC